CUAGGGCAAAAUUCUCCGUCUCAGUGCUCCAUAAUUGGAUCCGGUUCUCCCAGUGUUUGAGCUUGGGGGACGCCAACAAGGCAUGAAAGACCCCUCUAUGCCCCCCAAGGGUGACUUCUACAACCCGUCUUGAAUAUUAAGAACCUCAGAGUCAAAGGCUCGAACCGGGGAAGUUGAAACAGUCUGCUAGGUUUCCGCCAGAGUCGCCGGCAGAAUUUUUGCACCGCGGCAUCGCUACAGUCACAGCCAAGGCUGGUGAACUCAAGUGUCGUCUGACGGAGCUGUCAAUCAUACACACGUCUGAGGAAGACUCCGUCAGGUGGUUGUUUGGAUUCUGUCGAAGGUUUGAAUCAGCAUGGCGCCAUGUUGCCUAGCAACGGUAAGCCUGGUUUUCACACUCCUCCUCCCAAACGGCGAAGGACAGCCUCAUCUGCGUACUCCAGGUGACGUCAUCAUCCCUGCCCUCAUCCCCGUCCAUCCCGCCGGCCACGUGCCCUUCACGUGCGGUGAUGUCAUACCCCCUACUAGUCUCCAAUUGGUCGAGGCCUUCCUCUUCGCACUUGACGUCAUCAACCGUGACUCCGCCCUACUACCUGGGGUCACGUUGGGUGGGGUUGUGAUUGACAGCUGCAAUAGUCCCGAAAUAGCAGCUCUAGAGGUGACCAACUUCUUAAGUGGGGGCACUGGAUAUCUUAGCGACGACAAGGACAAAGUUGCUGGAUUUAUCAGCGGGGAGUCCGAUCAAGUUACCGCCGCGAUAGCAAGUGUUCUAGCCUCGACGCAGACUCCUCAAAUCAGCUACACGACAUCGAGCGCAACACUGAAUGACGAUUUGUUGUAUCCCUACUUAUUUCGAUCCCUACCGAGUGAAAAGACACAUGGAGCCGUCUUAGCCGAGAUUGUGAAAGCUCUCAAAUGGACAUACGUGUCGGUAGUCGUUUCAGACGACGUUUACGGAUUGACAAAUCAGAAAGCCUUCCGAAGGAUCGCGGGAAAUGAUGACGUAUGCAUUUCAUCUACACAGUAUGUACGUCAGAACAGCACGGACGCUGACCUUGACUACGUCAUUUCCGUUCUGAGAAGCAAGCAAGGGGCCAAGGGCGUGGUGUUGCUUCUUCAAACGGAGGGUAUUCAGAGGGUUUUCGAGGCAGCCACACGAGCUGGGGUUUCUGCACAGUUUCAAUGGUUGGGUUUUGGUAUGAAGGACAUUAUUGAACAAAAUAAUUUCGACUCAGUAGCAAAAGGGUCAAUGUCACUCGAAACAGAAACAAGACAAAUCAACACAUUCAAAGAUUAUCUAAAAACUUUAAAUCCCGCAAACUAUACCCGUAACCCUUCUUUCCGAAUAUUCUGGGAACAAUAUUUUCACUGCGACCUCUCCCCUCAAAAUGGCACUUUUGGACAGAACUGCGCUGGGAACGAGGUUUUGGACGGAGACUCUGGGUUCGAGCAGGAUCCGUUGGUUCUACCGGUCUUCAACGCCGUGUACUCGUUCGCGCAUGCGCUGGAAGCAGUGCUGUCUGGAGGCUGUCUGGGCCCCGUCAGCGCAUGCGUGAUGGGAAAAGGGGUGCGGUUUUUUGAGAGAUUGAAGAGUCUGAGUUUUCAGUCCGUCAGUGGGAGUAACUUCAGAUUCACUCCAGACCGGUUUGCCGAUCCAGUGUUCGAUGUACUGAACUACAAGAGGAUACCAGGCGGUGCCUUUGAAAUGACCAAGGUUGGCCGGUAUGCAGGUGGCACACUACAGCUGAAUCCAUCAGAUGUCUCCGCCUAUAACGACCAGAACAUGCCUGUGGCGUCCACAUCCUACUGCGUGGGCACCUGUCACGAAUGCGCACGUUCGGACUACGUCAUCUACAUCCCCGGUGACGUAAUCAUACCUGCCGUCUUCCCCAUCCACUCCAGCCAAUCGUCGUCUCCGUUCGCCUGUGGCGCCUUGCGAUCCAAAGCGGUAGUGCAAGAAGUGGAAGCGCUCUUGUACGCCUUGGAUAAAGUCAACGCUGACAGAGAGUUACUCCCCACGAUCAGGCUAGGAACUGUCAUAAUAGACUCGUGUUCGAGUGGAGUAAAAGCUGUCAGAGACGCUUCGAAUCUACACAGCACGGGAAAAACUCCAAGAGGAGACCUAGUUUCGCCAAUAGCCGGUUACAUUGGAUCAUCAAUGGCGGACGAGUCGCAACAACUGGCACCUUUUUUGGAUGGUUUACAAAUACCGGAAAUAGGCACCUGCCAAAACAAUCGACUUUUAACCGACAGAUCUAGAUACCCGAACUUUCUAAACACUGUUUCGUCGGAAAAACAAAAAGUGAACGUCACAACCGCAAUUCUGAGAAGGUUGGGAUUUAGUUAUGUCUCCGUUGUCAACAGUGAAGACAAAAUGUUUAGGAUGUUGAAAAAUGACUUCGUGUCUGCCGCCAACCGGCAGGGGAUGUGUAUUGCGACAGAAGUGGAGGUGAAGAAGUUUCACGAGAGUGGGGAUUACGACAGAACGAUUGCGGCACUAAAAGAACACGCGGAAAAGGGAGCAGAGGCGGUCGUGCUGUUUCUAUCUUCUGCGCAAGCGCGCAGCCUUAUUGGCGCCGCCUCGCGAGGCGAUGCCGUUGGCCUCUUCACCUGGGUCUCCGCUUUUGGCCUUGGAGACGACAACGCCUUCUUCUCGUCAAACGUGACCUUGAAACAUGCCACAAGGGGAGCGUUAAGGCUGGAAACAGAAAUAGGAAAAUCUCAGACUUUUGAAAACUACGUGUCAUCUCUAACACCAGGACAGAACAAGCGAAACCCCUGGUUCAAACCCUUCUGGCAAUAUCUCUUUCAAUGUGACCUCCCCGGGACCAUAGCCAAAUAUGGUAGGCAGUGCGGGAGUGAUUCGCGCGUGGUGAACUUUGACUUCUUGGACGACGGCUGCGCACUGAGCACCAUCAACGCGGUUGUUUCCAUGGCAACAGGUAUACACCAGUAUUGGAGAGAAACGUGCUCAACUCCCGGUUUGUGCGACUCAUACUGGAGUUCGGUGGGAAGACUGCAAGAAAUCGUGGACAAAAUCAGCGCAGUUUCGUAUACGGACGAGAGCGGAGGGAUAUUCAAAUUCACGCCCAGUGGUGAUGCGUCGGCGCGGAUGAAGAUUCUCAACUACCAGCGGCAAAGCGGGGGAUCCUACGGCUACAAAGAAGUAGGGACGUGGACGGACAACACUCUCCAGUUGACGCCGUGGACAGUUCGCGCCUACAGCGCCGAGGGUAUCGAACGUCGUCCGACUUCCGCGUGCAAGGAUACGUCCUUCUGUCCACAGUGUAACAACGUUCCCUCCUCAAAACCCACCGGUAUCAACGCAACCAGAAACGUAUUCGCGCCAAUCACCGAUCUGGAGAGUUUGUGGGGGCUGCUAGUCGUCGUAGCGGCGGGGCUAGGGGUCACCAUCAUGACGAUAUUCACCUGUUACGUCACCGUUACGCUACAGAGCAUUCAAACAAAGCGAUCGUCAACCGCAUUAGGUUACCUGUUAUUGGUUGGUAUCCUACUGAUGUUCGUAACGGUGGUGUUCUUCGUCAUCGAGCCGACGGACGCCGUGUGCGGGCUGCGCCGGGUGGGUCUCGCACUGGCGUACGCGGUCUGCUUUGCCGCCAUGUUGGCCAAAAUCGCGCGUACGGGGAUGGCGCGUCCCCCUAGCAGCCCUGUUAUGUUCGUCAUUGCUAUUUUACUCAUAGCAGUACAAGUAGCCGUGUCGAUCGAAUGGCUGAUUCUUGUGCCCCCAAAAGCCGUCUAUACAGCGGUAACCAACGACAACACAGUCAAGUACAUCUUCCAGUGCGCCGUCAGAAAAGAAUCCCUCAUCCAAUCCCUCACUUAUGUCAUGUUCUUAGGACUUCUAACCCUUAUCUUUGCCAUAGCGAAAAGCACUCGUAGAGAGCGGACUUCUGAGAUUGUUUGUAUCAGUAAUAGUGCUUGGUUGACUGGUUUCAUCCUGGUUGCUUGGACCAUAAUGCAUACGCUAGGAGCUACGUCGCUGAAGAAGGAAGACUGGCGCGAUCCGGCUGUUUGUACAGGGCUGGUUAUAACGGGUUGGAUUCUGUUGUUGUUUAUGUUUAUACCAAAGUUGUGGACGCUAGCACGUCUGAAGAGAAGGCACCAUCUGAGGAAGGUGAACGCAGAGAACCAACGCCGCGCGCGCGCCGUCAGCCACCCGCCUCGUCAAAAUAUCGUCAAUGGCAACGCAACGUCCCGGUCACGGGGCAGCGACAACAGCAGACCCUCCCAACCGCCUCUGUACGGGGACGUGGCCUAGCCGGGUCCACCAGGAGCGCCCCCUGUCUAUUACUACAGGUUCUGCCACCGCCAGGCCAAAUCAAAGUACUCAGGUGGUCGGGAGGAUCUGCUCUUCCAGUGGUGACGAGUGUCGUCUGUUCUACAUAUUUCAAUCAAAUCACUAACAAAAUUUCUUCUACCACAUCUACUGACAUCUAACGUCGUACCCAUUGUGAAUUGUAAUAUCAUUUUCUAUUAGUUAACCUACAUGUUCAAUGCUAAUUACAUUAUAACUGCAUUUCCAGACCUCUGGCCCAAUGGGCCAAAGGAUGUUGGAAGUCGAUAUCGACCCCCGUCCUUCAGAGAAAUAAUAAUGCAAAUGUUGACGGCUACUAAUAAUCUAAACUUUGACAUCGUCACCACUUCUAACAUUUUGCACAAAAUGCUAAACUAUAACAAAGUAUAUAAAACAACACGCAUAUCUUAAGUUUUGUUUCGUUUUGCUAUUAACAUCAUUCUGUUCAUUGGUGUUUCAUUCUUUCACCUCGGACGUUGCCGUUGCCAUCGAUGUUUUGAUGAUAACUUUGCUUGUAUUUUGAUUAAAAAGAAUACUUAUGAUAUCGAUAUAGUGUUUGUACAAUGUAUUAUAAAGAUAAUGUUCCUAGUUCGGGAAUAGUGGGGAAAAUCGCGGUACAUUAUUUGUACUGAAAAACUGUU